AGCAGUUUCCUUCCAGGCAAGAUGCGUGUGACUAGGGUCAGAUAAAGACCUGGCAUCUCUAGGGACCACCGAUUCCGAAAUUCCUGCCCCCUGCAGGUGAUGGGAGGCAAGCCGUAAAGAAGCUAAAGGACAUGCCUUAAAAUGCAGAACACAUCCUGCACUGAGGACAGGAUUCAGCAUGCGCUGGAGAGGUGUCUGCACGGGCUCAGCAGGACACCGGGAUCUUCUUCCUCGUGGACAGCUGGGCUGUGUCUUAAUUACUGGAGUUUAGCGGAGCUGGUGAAUCGUGAGGCCGCCAAUCACACUAUACUGGCUGAGAAAAUCCUGGACAGGACCAGAGAGGCCCAGGAAAAAUGCGAGUACGAGCUUCUCACGCCUUUGGCCUUGAUGUUCCAUUUUGCUGUUCUCUUGGCCCCCUGGAUUCCUGAAGAGUGUAGCCUUCUAUCUAAAGCCUUUGAGACAUUUCACGUCUUCCUUACUUGGCCGGCGCCAUACUGCGACAUUUACCAGGAGAUUUUGACCUUUAUUAGUGAGGAGCAAAAAGUUCCAGGGAUCACCUAUCAGCGUCUGGUUAGAGCAGAACAGGGCCUCUUGACGAAAUCAUCCUUGCCCAGCAUUGUGACGGUGCUCUUGGUGAACCCUCUAGAGCUUCCUAAAGAGUUUCUGUCAGUCGUUGACAAUCUCAGCAACACAGAGCAAACCCCCCAAAACACUUACAUUUCUCUCAUCGAGCACCUGUACCAGGCCAACCUAGGACCAUCCCCUCAAAUCACCGAUAUAAAGGAGAAACUCAAGUCCAAGACUGUAGAGGAACUUGAAACGGUCGUUGUCGAUUUGACAGAGACUGUAGAACAAGCAGCCAAUGACAGCGACAUAGGAAAAAACAGGGAGUGGUUAAAGGCAAAGCUGCAGGAGAUUGGGAAACAAGCUGAUUUUCUAGGGGACAAAACAGGUAUCUCCGUGGGCCAGUUUCAACCCAUCUAUCUUCCAGUUCCCAAAUGUUACACAUACACCUGGGAUCAGGACAACUUUGAUGUCCUAAAUAACAUACUUUUACCUGAAGAAGACACUAGAGCAACCAGUCUUUCUCCAGAAUAUGAAGUUAAUGAGGAAGACAAUGAAGAUGGUGAAGAGGAAGAAGAAGAAGAGGAAUUGGAAGAGGUAGAAGAGGAAAUUCAUAACAAUAAUACCAAGAGAGAUUCUGUAUUCUCUAGUAACUCCAGACGUUAUGUGUACUGGAGCAUGCCAAGUGACGUACAAGAGAAAGCCAACAUGGCCAACAUCUCUAACCACUCCAUGCAAUUUGUCUCCAACCUGUCCAGUUGUGUAGAUAGUGGAUACAUUGAAGACAGUGAUGACAGUUCCCAGGAGACACCAGAAAGGAUAGAUUACCAAGAAGAAAAGGUCAAUCGAAAAUUUACUCAAAAGAUCCGUAAACUCUUUACACCCAAGAACCAUUUAUCUAAGGGAAAGUCAAAGACUGAUUUGAGCAAUUCUCCCACCUAUUCUCUAACAGGAUCUAUGUCCAGUUUGCAGAAUAUACCAUUAAGACGAGCAGGUAGCUUAUGUACGCCGCAGGUGAGACGAGUGCCUGUACGAUCAAAAAGAUCUCAGUCACUUCCCCAACAUGCUCUUGGUGCCCAUAUCUGGGAAGUCCAACAGAACCAAAAACUGGCUUUGAAAAGAAGGCCUUUCCUGAGCUCUAAUGAGGACUCCAAAGCUUCCACAUUGAGGGUUGUGGUGUUUGGUUCUGAUCGAAUUUCUGGAAAGUUAGCUCGAGCUUACAGCAAUCUAAGGUUAAAGGAAAGUAAAUGCCCACUGUUAACAAGGUUCUUUAAGCUACAGCUAUACUACGUGCCAGUGAGAAGAAACAGUCUUUCUCCAACCGUAACACUGACAAACCCUGACUCCCCUUUAAAAUCCCCAAGCCCAUCAGGAAAGAAUGCUCCAGAGGAUAUGACAGGAACAGAGGAAAGCACUAAUGACAUCUCUCACUACAUCGGGAUGCUGGAUCCAUGGUACAAGAGGAACAUCCUGGGUCUGAUGGAUCUUUCUACAUCCGUUCUCUCGCAGUCUUCUACACCUGAAAAUGGCCCAGCAGAGACCCAAAAGCUGCCCAUACUUUCCGACAUGGUGCUGUAUUAUUGCCGUUUUGCCAACCGGUCUCUACUUCUCCAGUUGUACCAGGCUGAGAUCACAUUUGACGGUGGAAGGAAACAGACAGAGGUUUUUAUCCAAUCACUAGAAAUGGGACACUCUGCAGCAUUAAGAGCCAUAAAGGCUUCAGGCCCUGGCUGCAAGAGGCUUGGGAUUGAUGGAGAUCGAGAGGCAAUCCCCUUUACACUACAAAUAGUUUACAGCAAGCCCCGCAUAAGCGGCCGGAGCAGAUGGAGUGAUGGAGAAAAGUUGUGCACCUCUGUAAGCCUGAUAAAAGCAUGCAAGACAUUAGAAGAACUUGAUUCCAAAAUGGAAUGUCUAAAUCUUACCGUACGGGAAGUGGUGAAACGACAGAACUCCAAAACCAAGAAAAGUUUUAAUCAGCAGAUCAGCAUUUCGCAAAUAAAAGUGGACAAAGCACAGAUUAUAGCACAGUAUGGUGGGACUUUUCCCUUGUGCUUGGACCAAGAUGAACGCAAAAUCCUUCAGCGGGUUGUAAAGUGCGAGGUUUCUCCAUGCUACAAGCCUGAGGUCCGAGACUUCCGUUCUGUCUACAAUCCCCACUGGUCACAGACCUCUCAGGACCAAUUCUGUUCCCUCUUGUGUUUGCCGAUAGCAACUUUCAGUGGUGCUCAACUCUAGGCAGGAUAUAUGAAGAUAAUUCUUCUC